AUCAUGAGCACUUCCUCUGAGGAUCUGUUGACAUAGUUCUGUGGGCUGAUCAUGGGAGAAGGUCAGGAGGCCCGGUGAAGCGGAUGCGUCAUCAGACUCUCUCUGCUCUCUGCCCUGCAGCAGUAAAGAGGACGGCUCUCCUUCACUCACCCACUCUGGGAGUCGGUCUCUAGAGAUCCAGUGAGUGAGCGGCCGGACCCCCAGUGAGUGGACCCCAUGGCUUUUUCACACUUAAAAUGAAAAAGAAAAAGACUCUCUGCCUGCGUGUGUGAUCUGCUUGUUUUGAGUCCGAAGCGAAGAGUUUUCUGCGGAACACUCCCGCACUCCGUUUGGCUCAGGAAGUCACAGCCGCUCUGAGAAAAACGGCAGGAAAAGACGGAUAAAAACGUGUUCGGAUUCAACCAGAAGUGCAACAACGGCUAUUGUGUGACGGAUGGGUCUGGACAGUGACACCGGGCUGGAAUAACAAGGACGGACAUUGUUUCAGAGGGACUGGCAGGUGGAAAAAAAGUUUUUUGAGGAAAAUAGAGAGAAGAAAAGGCAGGAGAGAAGCUGUCUGACUCAGAUGGCUGAGCUCCAUCCAGUUUCAGGUCUAUGGAAAUGCAGGAUCUAGCCAGUCCGCACAGUCGAGUCAGUGGCAGCAGUGAAUCCCCCAACGGCCCCAACCUCGAUAACACGCACAUCAAUAACAAUUCCAUGACACCAAAUGGCACUGAAGGUGAUAACAUCACUAUGCUUACCACAGCUGACUGGUUGUUAAGUUCUAGUUCACAGUCCGCUGCAGUUAAAACAGAGCCAAUGAGCAGCAGUGACAUCACCACCUCUGUAGCAGACGGCUCGUUAGACAGCUUCUCAGGAUCAGCCAUUGGAAGCAGUGGCUUCAGCCCAAGACAAACGCACCAGUUCUCUCCGCAGAUAUACCCUUCCAACAGACCGUAUCCUCAUAUUCUUCCGACUCCUUCGUCUCAGAACAUGGCUGCGUACGGUCAGACGCAGUACACCACAGGAAUGCAGCAGGCCACAGCCUACGCCACUUACCCUCAGCCAGGCCAGCACUACGGCAUCCCAGCCUACGGCAUCAAGACAGAAAGCGGGCUGAGCCAAUCCCAAUCUCCAGGCCAGAGCAGCUUCCUCAGCUACAGCUCUAGCUUCUCCACGCCACAGACGGGACAGGCGCCCUACAGCUAUCAAAUGCAAGGAGGCAGUUUUACAACAACAUCCGGACUGUACGCAGGAAGCAAUUCGCUCACAAACUCAACUGGAUUCAAUAGUACACAACAGGAUUACCCCUCCUACCCAGCAUUUGGACAGGGCCAGUAUGCACAGUAUUACAACAGCAGCCCCUACACAUCACCCUACAUGACCAGCAACAACACCAGCCCCACCACUCCAUCAACCACUGCCACCUACAUCCUGCAGGAGCCCCCGUCUGUCACCAGCCAAGCACUCACUGACCAGCCCACAGGAGAGUACAGUACAAUCCACAGUCCAUCAACCCCCAUUAAAGAUUCAGAUUCGGAUCGAUUGCGUCGGGCUUCGGAUGGAAAGUCACGUGGCCGAGGGAGAAGGAAUAACAACCCGUCUCCACCGCCAGACUCUGACCUUGAGCGCGUUUUCAUCUGGGACUUGGAUGAAACAAUCAUCGUUUUCCAUUCCUUACUCACAGGGUCUUAUGCCAACAGAUACGGAAGGGAUCCUCCGACGUCAGUGUCUUUGGGACUGAGGAUGGAAGAGAUGAUUUUCAACUUGGCGGAUACGCAUUUAUUCUUCAAUGACUUAGAGGAGUGCGAUCAGGUCCACAUCGAUGAUGUGUCCUCUGAUGACAAUGGUCAGGAUCUGAGCACGUAUAACUUCAGCACAGAUGGAUUCCAUGCUGCUGCCACCAGUGCCAACCUCUGCCUGGCCACUGGGGUGAGAGGAGGAGUGGACUGGAUGAGAAAACUAGCCUUCCGCUACAGACGAGUAAAAGAAAUUUACACCACCUACAAAAACAAUGUUGGAGGACUGCUCGGCCCAGCCAAAAGGGAAGCCUGGUUGCAAUUGAGAGCAGAAAUUGAAGCUUUGACGGACUCCUGGUUAACACUGGCACUGAAAGCACUAACAUUAAUCCACUCAAGGUCAAAUUGUGUGAACAUCUUGGUGACCACAACACAGCUCAUACCUGCCCUCGCCAAGGUCCUGCUCUAUGGACUGGGAGUAGUCUUUCCUAUCGAAAAUAUUUAUAGCGCCACAAAAAUAGGCAAAGAGAGCUGCUUUGAGAGAGUAAUUCAGAGGUUUGGGAGAAAAGUUGUUUACGUGGUGGUGGGGGAUGGAGUAGAAGAGGAGCAGAGCUCCAAAAAGCACAAUAUGCCCUUCUGGAGGAUCUCCAGUCAUUCGGACCUCAUGGCCCUGCACCAUGCGCUGGACCUGGAGUACUUGUAGCACUGAGACAGCCUGUCCACACGGCCCUGUCCACCCGUCUCCAGCCCUGUAGCCCUGUUUCACGCUCCAAAGCACCACCGAAAAUAUCAUCAAUACAUCACUGGGUCAGCCGAGUGUCCACCAUAAAAGUGAAAAGAAGAUUAAUCCGUACGUUCAGAGAGUGAAAUGUGCAUGACCUGGUCAGCGCAUUGAUGUCGACCCACGAUUCGUCUUAACCCUGAAGCUUGUUCUCAAAGUCGGAGGAGAGUGAAUUUAUGAGGCUGCAGCUGCUGGCCAUGGUUACUGUGAAUGAGCUUCUUUUCUAAAGCCGUCAAAAUGUUUUACGGCCCGGCCCGCGCGAGGGUUCACACCUGUGAGGAAACCAGAGCUACUGGAGCUUUUGGAACUUCGCAAGGCUCCGACCCCACUGAGAUUCAGCCUAAUCCCCCCCUACUUCUUGCCUUUAUUCUGUCUCCUUUUCUCUCCACAUAUCUCUAUCCGAUGGUACAGAGACAGUGGGGCAGCCUGGCCAGCCCUGGGUUAAAAACGAAAACAAACAAAAUAAAAACACAAAAACCACUGA